AUGUCAGGGAAAAUUCAAAAUGACCUAAUAACUGCAGCUGAGCAAGGAAAUAUCGAAAAAAUACGAGCUUUAAUGGACAAAAAUAUUAUUAAUUACAAAAACCAGUCUGGAUACACAGCUUUAGCCCUUGCUGUAAGAUCAGGACACCUUGAAAUCGCAAAUGAACUAAUUUCUCAUGGGGCUGAUAUAAACUCAACAAAUCAAGUAUGGUUUUUACUUACUGCCUUUUAAUAGCAAGUAAUAUUUUCUUCUCGUUCUUAAUGAGUAUCAUUUUUUUAAUUUUAGUAAUUAAUUUUUUAAAAUUUAUAUUUAAAAAUGCGAGUUGUCUAGAAUUUAUACUGAAUUUAAAGAUCUUGACACCCUUGGGAUCAUCGACUUACCAAGAGGUGUUGAUUUUUAAAAAAUAUGGAAAUGCAAUUGAAAGAAAGCUUGUUUAAUUUCGGCAAAAGAUCUGCUUGGAUCGAAUGGCUGAUCUUGAAAAGUAUUUUUUCCGGUUUGGCCAGGGCAUUUUAGCUAAUCCAAAUUAAUUUUCAUUUAAUUUCUGAUAUGGAUAUCUGGAUAAAUAGCGAAUUUAAACACAAUGGAUUCUAUCAGAGCCGUUCAAAUGUAUUUAAUUUUGACUUCUCAAGAUCUGAGACCUAUUAUGAGAAAUACUGAAAUAAAUUCCAAGUUUGCUUAAAUAGAUGCUUCAUUCGAUUUUAUGGUUAAUUUCUCGAAAUAGGCAUUUUCCAAUGGUUUUUGUGGUCUAAGGAGGUAGACUUAGAUAGGCUGGACAAAGCGUUUUAUUUAUUGCUUGCUGACACAACCAAGCUGACUGUGUAAAACUCCUUUUGAAUAAAGGCGCUAUAAUUGAUUCUUCAGAUCAACGAGGGUGAACUCCUUUAAUCAUUUCUGUAUACCAUAACUACGCAAAUAUAGUCCAAAUCCUCUUAGAUGCAGGCUGUGAUAUUGAUCACAAAGACAGUGUAAGCUUUAAAUAGUUUGGAAAAAAAGCGAUUGACAGAGCCAAAAACAUUGAAAUGAUUUCUUUAUUGCAAAAAAGUGGUGCUGAAAAACGAAAAAAAUCAAAAGCAAACUCUUUAUCCCUACCUGGAACCCCUGCAAAAUACGAAAUUCAGCAGCCUAAAGAAAUAAGCACAAAAAACAGAUCAAUUUCUCCAUCUGUUUUUAGCCGUUCUAGUUCUGUUUCCAGAAAUAGCAUAUAUAUCGGCUCAGAGAAGUCAGAUACCUCAUUUAAAUCAAAUAUCCGCCCCACAACUCCUCAAAAGCAGAGUUUUCAAAGCCCCGACACUAUGAAAUUUGACGAGAGAAAAAAAAUAAAAAAUGAAAUUGAAAAAUAUUUAAAUAAAGCUACCAGCAAUUUUGAGAAAAAAUUCACAGAAGAUUGGACUAAAGAUUUACAGUUUAUUUUAGAUGAAGAAAUAAAUAAAGCUGAAAUUUCUUUGCAGAAUGAAGUUGAUAAGCUCCUAAUAAAAUCCUCAAAAGAUUUAUUAGAAAAAUUAAGAGGAUUUACGCUCCUUACAGUAGAUGAUAUUUUUUUAAAUAAUGGAAUAAGUGUGGUAGAAUUUUCCCCAGAAAGCUAUAAAAGUGAUGCUGAUUUUUUUAUACAAAAAAGCCCGCCUAAGCUGCAAGGAAAAGAUUAUACAAAAAAUGAAGAAUCCCCUAUAAUACAAUGGCCAACUUUUGAAGGGAAUUAUGAGCAUAAAGACCAAAUUUUUAAGCAUAUAGACAGCCAAUUUGAAGAGCUUGAAAGCAAGCUUAACAAGUUUAAUAUGAACCAAAUCACUAAAGAAAUAAACCAAAGGGUCGCACAUUUAAAGCAGACUUUAAUUUUAAAUAUCCAAGAAGAAGUAGUUGAAAUCGGAAAGCAAAUAAAAACUGAGCUUGAAAAAAUCGCCCACGCCAGGAUUAAGGAUAUAAUAGAAAUGAAUAAUUUUCGUUAUGAGUCCAGGCUUGAAAGCUCUCAAGAUUUUUCAUCAAAUCAUUCAUCAGUUCGUAAACAAAUGAAAAUAUCUUCAAGCACAGAUUUAAAUCCAAAAGAAUCAGUUGUAUGAUCAGAAGAAAGCUCCGUUAAAAUUCCUGACAGCAGCUAUGUUUUUAUAGAAAGCUUUUCUAAAGAUUUCAGUGGGUAUAAAAGCCCUCAGGUGAGACCAUCAAGUGCACAGCCAAAUGCUCGGAAUAGCAGAAAAAAUAGUUUUUCUAAAGAAGGGAAUAAAGGGAAGCAGCCUUUAGGCUCAAGUAAAAACCAAAAAUCAGGGAAUUUUCCGAAAACAAAUGUAAGUGAGGUAUUGCAAGAGUUUCUGAAACGCGAAGAAAGCGUGAAAACGCAGUAUCGUUUUUAA